UACUUGAGGCGAAACUUAAAGUGUCUUUUAUUAUGAAAUUUCUAAUAGUUUCUUUAUUAGCCGUGUCCGUGGUGAAUGGGAUUUCAGUUCGCGGCUUUGCGAACACUAAUGCUGUCCGCAUUACAUACGCUAGAAAUGAUCCGAAGUGCACAGCAAUGGGACCGCAGUGCGCAGACGAUUGCAGAACAUUGCUGUUUUGUUCUUCGUUCAGUUCUAAACCCCUAUCAAUAAUGACUUGUCCAGCAACGACUCCACACUGUUUUAACGGAGCUUGUACAUCUACCGCGGGAUUAUGCAAAACUGGGCCUGGUGGCAGCACCUUUAAAUGUACGGACGAGGGUAUUUUUCCAGAUCCAUCUGACUGCACACGAUUUCACAUAUGUGAGGCUGAUAGUACAGCUGAAGAUUACCAAUGUGAUACGGGAUUCGUUUUCAAUUCAAUUUUAAAAAGUUGUCAGAUGGGAAAAACUCCAUGCACCAAAAUUAGCUGUUCAAGAGCAUCGGAAGCCAAUACAUUUAUAGCGUACGCUAGUAAUCCAACGUAUUACGCAUUCUGUAUGAACGACAAUGGAGUGUUCAGCACGCUAAUGUUCAAAUGUUUGUACGAUAAGUUUGAAGAAUUUGAUGCGAAAGCGAAACAAUGCCAAUUCAAAUGCAAAGCAAAAGGAACCUUUCAAAAUCCAGCUGAUUGUGGAGAAUCCUUUUCUUGCAGUGGAGUCAAUGCAAAACCAGUUACAGCAAAAUGUCCUGCAGGUUGGGUGUUUGAUGGUACUAGCUGCAAUAGAGAUGCCGACACGUGUGUGCAUAAGCCAAAAGGCAGCGAUGGUUUUAGUGCUCCGGAGCCAGUAGAUGGUGCCGCCGAAAUUUUGUUUAACAAAUUAAAAAAUGCAAUUCAUGAUAAAAUAUGUGCCCUUGACAAUGACCCAACAAAAUGCAAAGCAGAUACUACAAUAACUGCAGACCAAUACAGGGAGAAAAGCGCCGAUGAAGUUAAUACCUACUUGGUUAGUGUUACCCUUACGAAAACGAACCCGAGCACCACCGAGGUUUAUCACGUAAAACUAAUUAGCGACUUGAGCGACGCACAAGCGCCCAUUGAGGAAGUAGAUAAAAUUGAUGGACCGAAAAGUGUAGGUGAAGAACUCAAACCAUUUUGAUAAAACUGGAAGCAAACCUUGCUUGUCAUACAAAAA